AUAUCGUACAAAUAAAUAUAAAUCAUUCAAAUAAUUGGACAAGAUCCCCACCCACCCCCAACCCGAUUGAAAGAACAAAAAAUAAUAUUUCUUACAAAACGAACAUAUCAAGAAUACCUCAACAACAGCAUCACCCAACUUCAACCCCAACACCCAACUACCUCCGCGCAACGAAUAAUAAGAAAUUUCAACAGGGUAACUAACCGUAAAAGAAGUAAUCAGCACGUCAUCCUUAAUCGAUAAUACGAGUAACAGAAAUCGUUCACCUCGCAGAAAGGUGAACUUUCUCGUAGACCCUGGUAACAAAGUUAACUAGAAGUGAAAUUGUUUUAAAAUAUCGUGCUUUGUAUUUUUAAAUUAAAAAAAAAAACCAAACGAAAAAAGAAAAAGAAAACAAAAGGAGGACACAUUAAUGAACGAUCAAUAAUCUUGAAAUAUUUGUCAUAAUUGUAACAACAACAAGUACAACAAGAAGAAACAACAUAAUUGUAUUCUCGCAACAUGUUUUGGAGUACGUCUAAUGUAACAACGACAAAUUCAAGACCAAUUCAAAUAACGAGAACGAUAAGUGCUCUACCACGUGUACGAAGAUCAGUUGAUUCUAUAUUAUCAUGGACAAACGUAACUAGCGCAAAUCUUUCAAACAGGAACAUAAGUUUUGAUCAACCGAUUGAAUAUGAAGAGGAUACUAUAACGGAAGAUUGCAGUUCUAUGGACUUUUUACUUGAAUUAUUCCACACUUAUUACAUUCCAGCCAUUAUCCUAUUGGGAUUGGUUGGAAAUCUCUUAUCGUGUUUCGUAUUUUUGAAUACCCAUUUGAAAAUGCGCAGCUCGAGUUAUUAUCUCGCUGCAUUGGCUACCGCUGAUUUUGGAUUCCUGGUUUCGUUACUUUUAGUUUGGUUAAAUGACACCUUUGGAUUAAUGGUUUUCAACAAAGACGGCUGGUGCGAAACCUUGGUAUACGUCAGCGCUGUUUGUAGCUCACUCAGCGUUUGGUUGAUCGUUGCUUUUACCGUUGAAAGAUUCAUAGCCGUUCAAUAUCCGUUACAUCGGCCCCAUAUUUGCACCAUAGCACGUGCCAAAGCUAUCAUUUUAAUAUUGGUUAUACUUGCCUUGGCAAGUCAUUCAUACGCAUUUAUUACCGCCGGUGUCGUCAAAGUUCACGAUGGUUAUGAAUUUUGUGGUCUCAAGAUAGAACACCUUGAAACAAUGAGAAUCAUCAGUAUAAUAGAUACAAUUGCCAGUUUGAUAGUACCGCUUGUACUUAUAACCGUUAUGAAUACCAUGAUAACUAGAAAUCUUCUUAGAUUCAGUCGAAGAUUUAAACAAACACCGAGUGUAUCCACCACCUGUCCAAGCAGAGAAAGAUCUGAAAUCAACCUAAACCAAAUUCCGAGUGGCAGUAGCAGUAACAAAGAUGCUGGUGGUAUUAAUAUGGGUACAACUAUUGGAGGACGUAGACCACCAUCUCAACAAUCUUUUCAUUCUUCGAAGACCAAUCAUUCGCAAAAUUCAAGGCAUCAACCUACAUCGAUUGCAUUACCACCGUCUACACCAAGAAAUGCUUGCAAGUUACCAGAAAUAGAAGCCCGAUGUAUACACGUACGAUCGUCUUCGCGAAAUCUCGCAUCCACCAGAAAUCAACAAAGUAUUACAAAAAUGCUUUUACUAAUCAGCACGGUUUUUAUCAUUCUCAAUUCUCCAAGGUAUGUGAAUAAAACUCUCUACUUUUAUAUAUCUUUUCUAAAAUAAUAUUUAUACAAUUGUCAAUUAAUUAAACAAUAGUACAGAG